GCAUGAUUCGCCUUGGGCUCUCGAGGUCUUCGUACUACAUUAUUAAAAUGAUUGAAAUAAAGACAUAGACUAAUAUUAGCAGCACGCACGAAAGAAAUAUGUAUGUACCUAAGUAAUUUUAAAGUAGUCUCGAUACUAAUUCAACUCCGCCAAAUCCAGAGUUCUCCAAGACAGUACCGCGACGUACAAACUUUUUGAGUAUUGUCUAUGAUUGCACGAAAAACUUUAAAAUACGAAUUUUAUGUCAAGUAGACAUUUUGCAUACAGUAAUCAAAGUCACAAAAAUAUUAUUUCUAAACGGUUUACUUGUAUCGAAUUAACAGUAAAAAACUAAAAUAUACACCUUUUUAUCAUGUUAAUUUUUAAAAUGUAACAUUUUUAAUCCCUUUUAUCUCCAAGUCCAGACUUUGAGAUGAGGGGCUUAUUUACAUCGUAAGACGUGCCAAGAUGUCCAACCUGAAAGCAACAAAAAAUCUUAAUAAUGGAAAAUGACCCUAGCAAAAAAGAGUCCAAAGGUAAAAGGAUACUGAAGAAAGCAAUACGUCGCAAUAGUAAAUCCAACAACAACAGCCAGAGCUCCGCCAUGGAACAAAGUGUCGGUGUGUCGCGCUCGAAGAGUUUCGAAAAUAAGCGUCUGUCCAUCGAAAUAAACGACAGCUCCCCGCUGCCGAUGCCGGACGGGAUGAAGGAGAAAGUCGAGCACGACAUGCCGCAAAAGCUGAAAAUAGACGACAAACUAUUUCCAAGCCAGGACGGCCCCUCGGACGAGGUGAAAUUGAAGAAGGUUGUGGAAAUACAGGAGAGCCGCAACGAGAUCUUUGGCGAAUCGGCCACUGCGUCUAAAAACGGUUCCAAGUGCCGAAACUCCCCGAGACUCGAGAAAAAGGACGACCGCGUUUCUGAAAUAGAUCCUAAUAAAAAGAGUCUAAAGAGGAAAUUGGAAGAGGAGAGUGGAGCGGGCACCAGCGGCACGAGCACAGGCACCUCUGACACAGACGCCGACGACAAAGACCCCAGCAAGGACAAAAAGAAAAAGAAUAGGUGUGCCGUCUGCCGCAAGAAGGUUGGACUCACAGGGUUCGAGUGCCGCUGCGGAGGGCUGUUCUGCGCCGUGCACCGGUACAGCGACAAGCACGAGUGCUCGUUCGACUACCGGGAGCUGGGCGCGCAGGAGAUCCGCCGCAACAACCCCGUCGUCGUGUCGCAGAAGAUACACAAGAUAUGAGCCGCUUGAGCCGCCCGCCCGGCCCUCACCGCACCGCGCAUUACAUACCUUUAUGAUUUACUCUAAAUAAACAUUCGAUCGAG